CACCUUUCUCCGUACCCAACAACGCGCAGACGACGCCCUCGCCGGCCUCGGCGCGCGCAGGAAACCCCGCCCCGCUCCCUCAGCCCGCUUGCUGCCUGGAGAGGGGGUGGUGCGACGCAUGCGCGCUCGGGCGAGGGAGCUGGUCGGCGGAAGUGGGGCUGUGCUGGGCCCGAGCUUUGGAACAGCCCGUAAAGCCGGGACCCCCGUCCCGCCCCGCCGCCCUACAGGGAAAUCAAAACCAUGGAGGCCCCACCUGUUACCAUGAUGCCUGUCACUGGUGGCACCAUUAACAUGAUGGAGUAUUUACUCCAAGGAAGUGUUUUGGAUCAAAGCCUGGAGAGCCUCCUUCACCGGUUGCGUGGUCUGUGUGACAAUAUGGAACCUGAGACAUUUCUGGACCAUGAGAUGGUGUUCCUCCUGAAAGGUCAGCAAGCCAGUCCCUUUGUCCUGAGGGCACGGUGCUCCAUGGACAAAACUGGCGCACCUUGGCACUUGCGCUAUUUGGGACAGCCAGAAAUGGGAGACAAAAACCGCCAUGCUCUGGUGCGCAACUGUGUUGACAUUGCUACCUCAGAGAACCUUACUGACUUUCUGAUGGAGAUGGGCUUCCGGAUGGACCAUGAGUUUGUUGCCAAGGGCCAUGUGUUCCGCAAGGGCAUCAUGAAGAUUGUAGUGUACAAGAUCUUCCGCAUCCUGGUUCCAGGAAACACUGAUAGCAUUGAGCCCUUGUCUCUCUCCUACCUCGUGGAGCUGAGUGUUGUAGCUCCGGCAGGACAAGACAUAGUUUCUGAUGACAUGCGAAACUUUGCUGAGCAGCUAAAGCCCUUAGUUCACCUGGAGAAAAUUGACCCCAAAAGGCUCAUGUGAGUGAAAAGGACUUAGCAAGUAUGUCUAGUGCCUCUUUCUCAGUGGUCCUGGUGACCAGCAUGUAGACCCACUACUUCCAAAAUGACUCUUGCAAGAACUGAGGAGAUUAAAAGGUUUUGUUCUGGUUUUUUGGGGAUAGUGCA